AUGCUAGGUAUGUGAAAUGAUCCUCUUUGAUAAUAUGAUAUAUGACUUGAAGUCCAGCAUUUUUUGGGGGGGUGUUGGGGGGGGGGGGGGGGGGUAUGAUAUUUGUGCGUCUGUUACUUUCUCACUCAUCAUUAUUCACGAUUCAUUCAGGAUUAUCCAUAGCAUCCACAUUAAUGUAGAAGUGUUAAAUUCUUAUUUACAAUAAACGUGACUCCAAAAUGACACAAUACAUUAUUUACCAUUCAUUUCUACUGGGCACAAAAUUAUCUGAAACACAACCAAAACAAACAGCAAAUGCAUCCAACAAGUUUAUACAGUCACAGGUUUAAUGUAGUCAUUGCGUGCUAGGAAUAUUGGACCAAAUAAUUAACUUUAUACUACUUUAAUAUACAUAUAAAUGAAUUUGUCCCAAUCCUUUUGGUCCCGUAAAAUGGGGGGACAAUGUACAAAAAGUACUGUAAAUGCUAAACGGUUCACACAAUAUGGAUGAAUAUACCCUCAAAUUACAGCUGACAGGCUGCCCUUUAGCCUCAUAGUCAUAGUAUCAUCUCUAAUCCAAAGUGCUGGAGUACAGAGCCAAAACAACAAAUCUGUGUCACUGUCCCAAUACUUUUGGAGUUCACUGUAUAUCACCCAUAGCCAGGGAAGUAGGGGUGAUGAGGGUGCUGCAGCAUCCCUUGAAAAAUAAGAAUAAAAAAUAAUUUCACAAUAGUGCGCUGGGCCUUUACUAGUAUUAGUGGACCGAUAUAGAUGUCUGUAGCACGAGCAAAACAUUUUUUUCAGCUUCUCCACUUUGGCAAAAAAAGGUAAUUGUAAGAGUUGUUGCCCUGUACCAUUUCUCUGCGAUUGUCAUUCUAAUGGUAUCCAGAAAGAACAAAACCCUGUCCUCAAACAUUUACAUCAAAAGGUGAAAAGUUAUGGGCAAAGACACAAAACAUCAAAUUAAAUAUUUUUCUUGAUAAAAUAACAUGGAAAACAACCACUUUUUUGUGCAGUAUUAAUUUACCAUCCUUACAAACCACUUAAUGUAAAUUUACAUUACUGUAUUGUACAUAGGCUGGUCAUCUAGGUUUGUACCAAGGUCCCAUUUAGCUCAGUUGGUAGAGCAUGGCGCUUGCAACCCCAGGGUUGUGGGUUUUAUUCCCAUGGGGACAAGUAAGAAAAUGUAUGCACUCAAUACUCUCGAUGAGAGCGUCUACUAAACAGGAAUGAAUAGACCAUUUCAGUUUUCACAUAGAAAUAAGUUUAAUUCGCAAAGUAUUUCAAGAAACUGGAAAACAGUAUUUUUGUAUUCCACAAGUAUUAUCAGAUUAACUGUUUUGUACAGAUAAUUAUCAGACUCAAGUUACAAAUGCUGGUAAACACUCAAAUACAUUUAGUUUACAUUUUUUCACAAAAGUAGUGCACUGGGCCUUCACUAGUCCUGUAUUAGCAGACCAAUACAGAUGUCUUCAGCGCAGGAAAAAAAAAAAUCUUCAUCCCCCAAAAAUCGAAGCACCCCCACCCCCGAACGACAUCCCGUGGCUAUGGUGCCCCCCCCCCCGGGAUGAGCUUCAUGUUUUGCUCAAGGCCGGACAGUACUGUACAGCAUGUCCCUGUAUGCAUGGGGAUGACUGUGAAAACUAAAAACCCUGUCUUCAUGUUUCAGCAAAUGGCUACCCUAGAGCUGGGGCAGAGAGUGGAGAUGGGAGUCAGAGGAAGCAGCUGCCCUACUCCGUAGAGACCCCCUACGGCUUCCACCUGGACCUUGAUUUCCUCAAGUAUGUGGACGAUAUCGAGAAAGGCAACACCAUCAAGAGGGUGCACAUCCAGCGCAAGGCCAGGUGCCCUCCUAAGUUCAGCACCCUGCCCAGGAACUUCAGCCUGCUUGGGCAUGGAGCCUGGCCAGCCCCUAAGGACACCUGGUCCUCCACCUCCACCCUAGGGCCCAAGCCCCGGGGCAGAGUCACCGAGGUCCAGCAGAUCUUGGAUUUUAGACACAGUGAUGGAGGUAGUGGCACACCGGGGGGUCAUAGCCAGAACAGCAGGGUGCAGGGGGGUAGCUUAGCCUCUGCCAGGCCCAGUGAGGAGGCAGGUGCUGGGGCUCGGGUGUUAGGCGAACAGCUCCUGUGGAGGCCCAACCUCCUCCGGACGUCUAGCAUGCCAGUCACCAUCCCGCACAGGAAGGACUCUGAGUCUGGGGACGAAAGAACGGAGAACGGCUCAUCUGAGAACGUGGUCUGCGCUGUGCCCCAGGACCGAUUGGGGCUGCACCAGCAGAUCACCACAGCCCUGAAGAGGGUCAGAGAGCUGGAGGACAUGGUGAGGACCAUCCCAGAGCUCAAGUCCCAGAUCUGCUCACUGAGGGUGGAGAGAGAGCAGCUAAUCCUCAGGCUGCAGGACCAAACCAAACCCCAGCCUCCACACCCCCCACAAAGUGCCUCGCCCUCCCCAGCCCCAAGCACUGAUCCUGGGCCAGCCUCUCAGCUGCCGGGUGCUGGAGCAGCAGUGGAUCCCGGGAGAGCAGAGAGCACCGCGUCAGAGACAGAAAUGCAACAGGAAUCCUUAAAGAGUACCGCACAAGAAGGAGAACCAGAUAGGCUUUUAGCAGCACAGGAACCAGAGAGACAGGCACAGACAUCAGAGGGACCAGAUAGACAAACAGCAUUUGUGAAUCCAUUAGCGCACACAGCGGAAAGGCAAACAGAGCAAUCAGAGAACGUUACAAUACUGAAAGCACCAGAACCUUUAGACAGUAGAGUGUUUGUGCAAGUCAUAGAGGGAGUCAGUGUCAGUGGUGAGGGGGACCUUCAUAGUAUCAAACAGCUCCAGGCUAAGCUAGUAGCGCUAGAGGCUAAGCUAAGUCAGGCUAGCGAAGACCUGGAUAGAACGAACAGUCUCCUGAGACAACAGGUAGAGGAGAAUAGGAUGAAGGAGGAGAGGAUACUACAGCUGAGCGAAGGAGGAAUAGGAGGAGCGGAGGAGGUGUCCGGGGAGAGACAGACAAGUAGGAGGACCAGUGUGGACCAGCAGACCGAGACAGAGCGAGUGGGAAGUGUAAGUCAGGAGACAGAGACAGAGAGGGCUGAUAUGGUGGAGCAGGGCACAGAUACAGAGAGGAUAGUCAUCUGUUUAACCAGAAAGACGGCUGAUAUUGUGGACCAGGGGACGGAGACGGAGCAGUUUGACACUCAAGACCAGGUGACAGAGACAGAGAUGGUAGUUGUAUGUCCAGUCAGACCACGUGCUAACAGUGUGGAUCAGGGAACAGAGACAGAGAGAGUGGAUACGGUGGACCAGGUGACAGAGACACCGCCUGGAGACAGUUUAGACCAGGUGACGCAGACAGUAGUCAGUGUAGAUCAGACGACAGAGACAGCACCUGAACGUGCAGUGAGACCAGCGAGACAUAGGGCUAACAGUGUGGACCAGGGGACAGAGACACAGACAGUGGAUACUAUGAACAAGGUGACAGUGACAGAGACACAGACAGGAGUCAGUGUAGAACAGGUGACAGAGACACAAACACAGACAGCACCUGUACGUCCAGUGAGACCAGCAAGACAUAGGGCUAAACAGUGUGGACAGGAGAACAGAGACAGAAAGAGUGGGUACAGUUGACCAGGUGACAGAGACAGUGGUGGCACAGAGUGCAUAUCAGCAGACAGAGACAGAGAGAGACAGAGUUGAGACUAGCAAUAACCCACAUACAGAAAUAGAGAUUGAGAGUGCAGCCAUAGUAAGUGCAGCCAUAGAAAGUGCGGUCACAGAAAUUGAGGAAGCAGAACGUGUAGUCUCAUGCAGUGUGGUUAAAGAUGGUGAUAUCACUGAGAGUGCAGUAAGUUUUGUGGUUGUAGAAAGUGUGGGCACAGAUAAUGUGGCCACAGAGAAUGUGGUCACAGAGAAUGUAGUCACAGAAAGUAUGGUAACAAAGAGACAAGUAGUGGUAGUAGAGGAGACUGUAGUUGAACAAAUUACAGUGACUGAAAGUGUGGUUACGCAGAGUACGACCACAGAGAGUACAGUCAUAGAGAGUGCGGUCACAGAGAAUUUGGAAACCGAGAGCGAGGUUGUAAAGACCACAGUUACAGAGAGUAUGGUCACAGAAAGUGCGGUCAUAGAAUCUCCAGCCCCAGAGAGCACAGCAGUAGCACCCACUCCCUCUUCCAGCCAGACCCAGAUGGGUCAGAAGGAGUCUGAGCAGGCCCAGCCCCAGUCACAGAACCCUAGUUGCGGGUCCAACCCAGUGAAGGCCCAGGCUCAGGCCCCUCGCCAGGGGUCUAACCCAGCCCUGGGCCAGGUGGUGACGCGCCUCACAGGGCUGAUCAAUGAGCAGUGGGCCCAGCUGGGUGGCAGCCAGGACAAGCCAGACAAGCAGGAGACCCCCAGCCCGAGUGCCCAAAAGCCUGCAGAGGGGCAGGGUAUGCCCGCCACGGGGAAGCCUUCAGCGGGGAAGGCAGCGGGGAAGUCAGGGCUGUCUAAGAUGAGCUCCAUCCAGAGCCAGCUGGUCAGCUCCCUCAGUGCCCUGUCUGCCUUCUACUCACCUGGACAGAAGGCAGCCGCCAGCAAACAACAA